ACCACGAAGCCCUGAGCAGGCUGCGAUCCCUCGUGCAGGGCCGAGCCCCUGUGCCGCUGCUUUGCCAGGAGAGCGGCACUGAGCCAUGGGCAGGGCUGCUCGGCUCCAGGCUGCCACUCUGGGGGAAAACGGGAGCAGCUGAGGUGCCCCGGCACAGAGGCAUUACGUGUCAUUUUAAAGGCAGUGGGACAUGGCAUCUGCUGACCCCAGGAAUCUUUUCAGUUCCAGGGAGGCGUGUGGUCUCUCAGCACGGUGCUGUGCGAUGCCCUGAUGACCAUGGACGUGAUGCUGUGCACGGCCUCCAUCUUCAACCUCUGUGCUAUCAGCGUGGAUCGGUUUAUCGCUGUUUCCAUCCCACUGAACUACAACCGGCGCCAGAUCGACCUGCGGCAGCUGAUCCUCAUAUCCACCACCUGGAUAUUUGCCUUUGCUGUAGCAUCCCCCGUCAUAUUUGGCCUCAACAAUGUCCCGAACCGGAACCCCAGCUUGUGUCAGCUGGAGGAUGACAACUACAUCGUGUACUCCUCCAUCUGCUCCUUCUUCAUCCCGUGCCCCGUCAUGCUGGUGCUGUACUGCGCCAUGUUCCACGGACUCAAGCGUUGGGAAGAGGCCAGGAAGGCCAAGCUGAGGGGCAGCAUCUAUGGGGCCAACCGGAAACUGUAUCGCCCCUCCACCUGCCUCGAGCGAGAGCCAACGGGCCUGGAGCCCGAGGAGUGCAACCCUUACGCCCACCCCGAGCACCCAGGGGACUAUGGGGUGAACAAUGGGAUCCAGACUGUCUCCUACCCCCACCUCCGGUACCCCCACGCAGGGCACAGUCGGAAGCGGGCCAAGAUCAACGGUCGGGAGCGGAAGGCCAUGCGGGUGCUGCCUGUUGUCGUUGGUGCUUUCCUUUUCUGCUGGACACCUUUUUUUGUGGUCCACAUCACCAGGGCGCUCUGCAAGUCCUGCACCAUUCCCACCCAGGUCACCAGCACAGUCACGUGGCUGGGUUACGUCAACAGCGCCCUCAACCCCAUCAUUUACACCGUUUUCAACGCGGAGUUCAGGAACUUCUUCCGCAAAGUCUUGCACCUCUUCUGCUGAGCUCACCAGCAUAGGAGGGGAGAAGGAACAACCGGGCUAUUUUUUGUAUAGUUCAUUAAAGAUCUAUUUCUGCCUAA